AUGGCGACACGUUGUUUCACCCGUGACACCAUCCGCCACUCCUCUUACUAAAGAAGGAAACAAACAUCCACCCAGAAAGAGCUGGAGAUCACCACAGAAAGAAGGGACGGGGCAGGCGAAGGCGAGGAAGGGAGAAUUUAACCCACCACAAGCAGUCUUCUCACGGACAACCACGACACAUUAAGACGGGAGGAGGACGUUUGCGAGGAGCUGAAAAAUAUUUCCCCCCUCAACAAACGUCAUCUUAUUCCGAUCGCUUCAAGAGAAACUCCCAACGUUUUUCAUCAGCAAUGGCCCAGGAGACAAACCAGAGCCCGGUGCCCAUGCUUUGCGCCACAGGCUGUGGAUUCUAUGGCAACCCCAGAACCAACGGCAUGUGCUCUGUAUGCUACAAGGAACACCUGACACGGCAGCAGAGCAGCGACCGGAUGAGCCCCCUCAGCCCCAUGGCUGCUAGUCCUACCUCAGAGGCCUCUGCGAUCCAGAGACUAGAAGCCAGUCUUGCUAAGGUCGAUGCCUCUUCUGCCUCCUCACCAGACAUGUCUAGAACUGUUCAAGGAUCUCUGCCUGUGACUCAACAAAUGACAGAGAUGAGCAUCUCGAGAGAGGACAAGUCAGAAUCCCUAGAACCUGUCGUAAACCAGCCAACUGCCUCCAACCUGACUCCUGUAGCUUCUUCCAGCAACGAUGAUAGCAAAGAGGACUCGUCAAAACCCAAGAAAAAUAGGUGUUUCAUGUGCCGCAAGAGGGUGGGCCUUACAGGAUUUGACUGUCGCUGUGGGAAUCUCUUCUGUGGUAUCCACCGGUACUCCGACAAGCACAACUGCCCUUAUGACUACAAGGCUGAGGCGGCCGCCAAGAUCCGUAAAGAGAACCCAGUAGUGGUGGCUGACAAGAUCCAGAGAAUAUAAAUCCAACAAGGCAGACCAAUGCAAGUGGCAGUGAUGAAGAUAACACCUUUUUAAAAAAGACUGGAGUGUUUUACCUUUUGAAUUGAGCACUGGCAUGUGUGGCCGAGUGAAGAUGGAAAGGACUUGAUUUACAAAAUGAAAACCUCAAGAAAACAUGAAAAAAAAAAUCAGAGGGAGAUGCAUGAAUGAUCACUUUUCCCAUUUUGAUUAAUCCAUUUAUCUUAUUUUCUGUGGUGUGUCUGUGCCGCCAUUAAAUCUUUUUUUCUUCUAAGAAUACAUAUUGUCUUAUGAAGAGCAGCCCAGAGUCAAUGUCCGUGAUAUGCUGCAAUCUUCUCACCUUAACCAGGCGCCAUUCUGUGCCAAACUGUAGUCAUUUUUGGUCAGACCCCGUCAAGUGUCAGAAACCAUCAAAAGAAACGAGACUACGCUGGAGCAGCGUUUAACUUUCCCCCAAAAUGUUGCACAAGGGGCUCUGUUACUUUGUCUCUCUUUCCUGGCUUUACCUACCUCACAGCUGCUCUGUUAGCCUCAUCAUCUUCCUUGUUUUUUUUCUUUGUAUCCAUCCACUGUGACCCCAGCAGAGCAGCAGGUCACCUCUCCUCCGCCUCAGUGACCCCUCUGAUCAGCAUUCUUAUGUUGACUGAUUGGUUUGAUUGUGAUGAGGCUUGUUCUUCAUACCUGGAGGUAUAGUGCAGGACAGGGACAAAUGGUUUGAUUGUGAUGAGGCUUGUUCUUCAUACCUGGAGGUAUAGUGCAGGACAGGGACAAAUAUUAAGACUCCACAUUUCACCAAAACCCUUAAAGUGGGCAUGCUGGGUAAAAGUGCAGUGGCGGGCUUGGAGGAUGGAGGCCUCAGUUUAAUCUAGGCUGCAAAAUUGAAUGAAUGGGAUUAAUGCAUGAGUUUCCUGUCACAUAACAGUGUUUCCAGAAAAUUUGGACUCUAGUUGUUUCAGGCAUUUUUACUUGCUGAGACUUUUUUGUUUGUUGCUUUUUUCCCUUUCAUCAAGCUCAAACUGAUUGGCGCAUGUAUUCAAUGCAUUUGUGAAAUUAGGGUAUGUGAAACAUGUUUGUUUAUCCUUGGUUUUAUUCAUUUUAAGUGCGCUAACAGUGUGCACACUGCGUGUGCGUGUGUGUGUGUGUGUGUGCGUGCACAUGUCUGAGGAGAUACACGGUUUAUCAGCACAUGUUUACAGAACUACAGGAGCAUGCCAGAGCUAGAUUUAUGAAAAAUAUACUAGACAACCACAAUUUAGAUGUACCUUCAUCUGUCCAAGCUAUUGGUCUCUGUCUACUAUACAGCACCAUAAGGGUGUGUGUGUGUGUGAGUGUGUGUGAGCGCGCGAGAGAGAGCACAUGCCUGUGCAAAGUGUGUUUCAUGGCUGCCUGAUUUGUAUGUGUCUGACUUGUGUUAUCUCCCAGUAUGUUUUUCAUUUAAGGCAACCUUAUGUAUCUGUUUUGAGUUUUUCCUGAUUCUUAGUUAUAUGCAAAUUUGUACAAAAACUAAAACAAUGAUGUUGAUAUUUAUGUAUUGCAUAUAAUCCCGCUAUCCAGCAUUACCACAGAAUAGUAUCAUGUAAAUAAAGCUGUACAGAGAGACAUUA